GACGCUUCGAUCUUGCUUCGGUCUCUGCUUGGAGUCGAACUCUCCGCGCUCCCCCUCACAGGACGACCACUUCGAAAGAGCGACCAUGGCGACGCCGAUGAUUAGUAUUACCUUUGUCAGGCAUGGGGAGUCGACCGACAAUCUGCGCAGUGUAUGGGCUGGCUGGGAAGACGCGCCCUUGUCGAAUCACGGCAUGAACCAAGCACGCGCAGUCGGCCAAUCCCUCUCCUCCACCCCCUUCACCGCCAUCCACGCCUCGGAUCUCAAACGCGCAUUCACCACCGCGCAGGCCAUCUACGACGCCCAGCCCGCCCCAAAGCCCGCCUUCGACUCCUCCCCGCUGCUCCGCGAGCAGCACUUCGGCGUCGCCGAGGGCAAGCCGUGGGCGCUGCACACCGAGCCCGGGCUCUCGCUCGAGGAGCACUAUGCACGCGGGAUAUACCCCGUGCUGUUCAACCGCGCGGAGGCGUUCCCCGGGGGAGAGAGCCUGGACGACCUCGCGAAGCGCGCGGAGGAGGCGGUGGGGAGGCUGGUGAUGCCGCAUGUGUGGGAGGCGGCGAGGAAGGGGAAGAGGGGGGUGCAUGUUGCGCUGGUUAGUCACGGGCUGUGUAUUAGCGAGCUGAUUGCUGCGCUUAUGAGGAAGAAUGCGGGGGGCGGAGGGAGUGCGGAUAAGUACAAGGGGUUGUUGAAUACUGCGUGGACGAGGGUGGCUAUUGAUGUGCAGGGCGUGAAGGAAGGAGAGCCGCUCGAGUUUCCCGAUGACGACCCACCCCCAUUGACAAUAAAGGUGACCGACAUCAACCGUCACGAACACAUCGACAACAUCGUCCGUCAGGGAGGGGGCAUCGGUCGACAGGCAUACGACCCCAAGCAGGCUGACAUCCGUGCCUUCUUCGGAGGUGCGGCCGUGGGCGAACACUCGGCAAGCAACGCUCGCGAUGAGACUGUUACGCCAGACGAAACAAAGUAGACAGCAGUGUAUGCGUAGAAAAGGACGGGAUGGAGCGUGUAGGUCACAGCAGUAAGGAUAAUACGUCGGUAUACGUUGCACGCCGUCAUUCUGCCUCGCAGUGUACGCAUAUACGAUGUGGAUAGAUGAUACACGAUGUUCCCUCUCCUCUCCGUGUUUUUCGUGGUCAGUAGUCGACAGGACCCAGCCCUCAUGCAUACGGCAACAGCUUCUUCAGCUUCGGCGUCUGCGAGCCAUGCGAGUACGCCGUCUGCGCGAGCUUGUUCUUCCUCGCCGGGGACUUGUGCACGUUCAAAUGUUUAUGCCCUGCAUGGGCCCUCUUGAAUACGCCCGACGCGAUGGCCCUCCAUCGCUUCUUCGCGCCGCUAUGGCUCUUGAGCUUCGGAAACUGCUGGACGGCGGCGGAGGAGAAGAGGCGGGCGGUCGAGGCG